GCAAAAUUGCGAAUUCUGCAAUAAAUAUACAAAAAACCAGUUGAAGAAGGAAUUAACUAAUUAUAAAAUAACCAUGAGAUCGGUACUUCGUAGAAAUUAAAUCUAAGUGUAAACCAAUUUCGAACACGAACAGCGAGCUAAGCUGGUCUGUUGAGACGCAAUCGUAUAGCACACAGUGAAUUGUGUUGAAAGAAGUACCAAGUGAGGAGUUCGGAUAAUAAGAAAAUAUAUAAAUUGCGAUAAAUCAAGAACUAAUAAAGCUAUGAAGAUGCGGUUGUUGAAAAGUUGUAUGCAUUUCUUCAAUCUGAAACAGGGGACGAUUCUCAUUGCCAUUACUCAACUGUUUCUGUCAGGGUUUACCAUGAUAUUAAUGGUAUUGGCCCUUGCCCAUGCCAAAGAAAUUGGUGAACUUGUAGCCAGAGACACCGAAGAUGCUCUGGAGCGAGAAACGAUUGAGGAUAUGUCCCCUAAACAUAUGAACACCAAAAGAAUGGAUGUAGCUCAUCACUUAGCGACCGAGGUACUUUACUCCUUGUACAGUGGGUUAGUCAUCACCGUAAUACAUUUUAUAUCCGCCAUACUCCUUCUAUAUGGAUCUGUGAUGAACAAUCGCCACUUCAUGGCACCCUGGAUAACGGUAAUGAUGACGGAAAUAGUUGUGGGAAUAAUGUCUCUCUUCCUUGUGCAACAGGAUUGUCCUUUUAUUGCAAUUUUAGGUGGAAGCGCGGACAUUGGUGAACGCCUAUUCGUUCUCUUCAUUACAAUAGUUAAUUUCUACGAGUGGUUUGUGGUGUACAGCACCUACAAAACACUGGAAAGUAAGAAGGGUCUGACACACGAAGUUUACUUCGUCAAGAAACAAUAUGCAGUACCAGUUGUGGAAAAUACGAAGUCACAAAGCAAUGUUCCACAGCCUUUUGAUGUCUAGAGAAUUCAUCAUUAAAUUAACUGAUUACAAUUUUCUUAUUUUUCUCUUAAUAGUUGAGCAAAAGAUCUUGAAUAAACUGAAGAAGCAAACAGACGCACAUAAAGUGAAUCAUACCAUCAUUUUAAUCUUUCGCAUCGAUAAUAAUAUUUUAUCCAAAAUGAAUUGCCUUUCACAGCCUAACCAUUUAUGAGAUGUUAGUGUAUAUAAUAACAUAGUAUGAUAAUAUUCUGUACAACUUCCUGAUUGUAAGUGUCCCUACAGUAAAAAAGGAUACGAUCUCUAGUCUUGGGUUUGAAGAAAGAAAUCGGUUGGAGAUUAGAUUCACUGUACCUACUAAUGAAUGUUUGGAUUAUUUGUCUCGACUUAAGACUGACUGUUACAAAUUUUGCUUUCAAUUUGUGGAGGGGGGGGGGGGGGGGGGGGAAUUUCACAUGGGUGUUACAUACCUAUGCAGUCUGUUGUGUUGAAGUUGCAUGAAUGAAUUCUUGUCAUUUCAUUAUCAAAUCGUUCAUCAAUGAUUUUUUACAAAUUUGACGGGAAAAAAACUUGGGGUAUCACACUGUAUUAUAGCAACAAUACAUUUAUUACCAUGUUUAUUUCAUUAUGCCAGCUAUCAAAAUUCAACAUUCACAUCAUAUUAUCAUCAUUAUACCAUGUUACAAUCAAUCGAUUAGUGAAAAUUUGAUUUGAAAUUUGUUAAUGAUUUAUUACAACGUUGACAACUUAUUAUCGUUGAAUUUUUAUUAUUGACAAUAGUGAUGUAUGUAUUUUCAUUUGUCAGUAUAUGAUGUAUAAUAAUCAUGAUAAUAAUAAUAAAAAUGAUGAUGAUGAUGAUUAUGAUGAUGUUGACAAUGAUGAUGACGAUCAUGAUAAUGCCAUAACUAUGCUAUGUAAUCUUAAAAAUAAAGCUUCAUAAUUUUAUUUCAA